AUGGAAAGGCCGAGUGAUCGACCGUAUGGUCAGGUUUUUCCUGUUUGUCCACCAGAUUCCAUCAUCCAAGGCCGGCGAGGUACUUGGGCAGCGCAUAAUACGCUACUAGACCACCAAAAUAGUUCAGAAAUCCUUAGCCCCAGACGGGAAAAGCAGGUUGAUGAAAUCCCAAAGUCAACGCGAAGCCUACUUACAAGAAGAACAUCUCAGUCAGCCUACCCUGCUCCAGUCAUCACAUCUGAAGCGUCUACAUCACAUUUGCCUUCUAUCGAGAAUAAGGCCGAAACAGUUAAAAUAUCAAUGUUAAUGAAACACUUAUGUGGUCGGAUGAGGGGUGAAGCAGAAUGCCAAGGAUAUGAUGGAUUAAAGUCACGCCGAGGCCUAUUCUAUAUCGACUAUAUCAAUGGGUCAUUGAUGUACGAAAACGAACAAAAAAGAUCUGUAAUUACCACAGUAAUACCUGACUUAAAAGGACUGCAGAUCAAGACAGGAGAGGUCGCAGAAAGCCAGUUAAAAUAUCUUGUGCUUUCAAAUCGUUCGCUGGGAAUAUAUUUCAACUUUAUCCCCAAACUUGAAGCUGAUUACGACUUGUGGCUAGCUGCCUUAUUAUGUUGGCAACAGAUUGGAUCUGAUUCUAUAGCCAAGACAAUUCCUAAUUCUGAUACAACUGAAGGGAACGUGUUUCACGAUACAGACCCUACAGGCAGCUAUAUUCCGAAAAAUCCGGGCAAUGGAAACAUCAUAAAGGUGGCUAAAUUAUUAUUGUGGGAUAGAGAAAGGCGAUCAUCCCAGGUAUCCACUACUCGGAAAUCUUCAGUAAGAGUCUUACGUUCACCAUCUCCGUCACCAUGGAGACCAGUGUCUUGCAUACUACAGGAUACUGGUGAAUUUAAGCUGUUAAGCGAAAACGACAAUACAAUAUUGUCAGUCAUACAGCUUUCGCAGCUCUCUCGGUGCUCUAUUCAAAUACUUGAUCGAUCAGUACUAGAUGAGGAGUUCUGUAUAGCCAUUUUUCCGCAUUAUGUAUCGUCUUCUCCAUCGACAUCCCAUCCCAUCUACAUUUCUUCUGAAUCGCGUUUAACGCACGAAGUUUGGUUUUGCUUAUUCCGUGCUUUCACAAUCCCAGAAAUAUACGGACCUUGGAAAUCCAACAGCACAAGUAGACGAGAAACCUCUCAAGUCACUCCAUCCCGACAUUUGUCUAAGGACAUGUUCCGCAUCGAAAAGAGCCUUAAAGUUCGGAUUUUGGAAGCAAAAAUCUGUAAUCAAGUAGCUAGAUCAAAGUCUAUCUCAACAGGAAAGCAAGCUAAAGAAGAGAUUGAAACCUCUACUGGAGACUACUUUGCAGAAGUUAUCUUGGAUGGUGAGAUUCGAGCUCGAACGAGUACGCAAAACGAGACAGACAAUCCCUUUUGGCGGGAGGAAUACAGAUUUCAAAACCUUCCACCACGCCCACCAAGUCUAAGGCUAGUAUUAAAGCGUGUAAAUCAAAAGUCAGUAUCAUCUCGAUCUUCAACCCCAAACGCUAUGGGUAUAUAUAGCUCGGCCACAAUUGUCGGGUGGACGUCCGAAAUAUCUGUUGACUCCCUUGAUCGUAACAAAGAUAAUGAAAACUGGUGGCCAGUAUUAGAUAAGCAAUUCGAAAUUGUCGGAGAGCUUCUCUUGGGCGUCAAGUAUGAAGAGGUAAUUGUGCUGUUGGCCAACGACUACAAACCGAUAUCAGAGCUUUUACAUAAUUUUAGUAACGGGUUAACUAUACAAAUCUCCCAGCUAGUACACGGGAAUUUGAAACUUAUAUCAGAGAUGAUGAUGAAUAUAUUCCAGGUAUCUGGAUAUGCAGGAGAAUGGCUUAUGACUCUAGUUGAAGAUGAAGUGGAUGGCCCUGAGAAGGAGCUGCCCAAAGAUUGCCGAAUUGGGCGGCGUAAAAGGGUCAAUUCAAAUGAGUCACUUUUCUUUGCCAUGAGUGACCGUGAGCAAAAUGUUAGGGAUAUGGGUAAAUCGUUGCAAGAAGAGGCUAACUUACUUUUCCGGGGCAACUCUUUGCUAACACAAUCAUUAGACCUUCACAUGAGGAGAGUUGGCAAAGAAUAUCUUGAGGAUGUCCUAUCAGAAAAGAUUUUAAAAAUAAAUUCGAUGAACCCAGACUGCGAAGUUGACCCAUCUCGUAUCUCAAACAGCAAUGAUAGCGACAAGAACUGGACUCUCAUAUUCACCCUUACGACAGAGGUUUGGGAUAGCAUUGCUAACUCUGCGACGAGAUGCCCUCCGGAGUUGCGUCAAAUCCUCAAAUAUAUUCGUGCUGUCGCCGAGGAUCGAUAUGGCAACUUCUUACGAACCGUGACAUAUACUAGUGUCUCUGGGUUUCUUUUUCUUCGGUUCUUUUGUCCGGCUUUGUUAAACCCCAAAUCAUUCGGGCUUUUGAGAGAUCAUCCUCAACCCAAAGCCCAACGAACUCUGACACUGAUUGCCAAGAGUCUCCAAGCGUUAGCCAAUCUUUCGAAGUUUGGAAAGAAAGAAGCAUGGAUGGAGAGAAUGAAUCAAUUCCUGGCAACACAUCGGCAAGGAAUGAAGGACUUUAUAGAUAUGAUUUGUGCUAUCCCGGUUGAGCACGACAAUUCGAUUCUACCAGCGUCAUAUUCGACCCCUAUUACUAUUUAUGGUCGCCUCCCGCCAACAUCUAGGGAAGGUUUCCCAUCAUUACCAUACCUAAUUGACCACGCCCAAAAUUUCUCACGAUUGGUACAGAUAUGGCUUGAAGCUACAAAAAAAGGGAUGACUAUUGAUAACGCUCAAGAGGAGGUACAUGAAUUUCAUCAGCUCUGUCUUCGACUUCAGCAGCGCACAGAUGAGUGUCUGUUCAAGGCAGAGCAGUUGACCGAUAGCCCCCAGAGAAUUUCACCGCGACCCUCUAGUGAUCUUAUACGAAGUCCGAGUAAUGAUAUAAUUAUGGAAACUCCCCGAUCAAAGAGAUCAUCUGACACAAACCUACUUCGAGGCCUUCGGAAUUAUCCUCUCGCCACAUCCGAAAAACCUUUGAACACUUCCAUAGGACGAGACAUCAAGCUGGAUAGACAAGUGCGAUCAUCAGUACUUGUCGAGCAACAACUAGCAACCAUACUGUCAGAAGGAAUGGACUUGAGUCCAACUAAUUCCACAAAUCAAGGAUUCACUCGUGAUGGGAGGAGUCAAAGAGCUUUCCUUGGUGGACUUAGGCGCAAAGGGAAGGACCAUGAAGAAGUCCUCAAUCGAGGCUCUGAAGAAAAUUUCAUGGAUCCGUCAUGGGCCGGAGGUUUUGUUUAA